GUCGCUCUCGCACGCCUGUAUGUGUACGCGGCGACUCCGUCUCGGGCCUCUCGGACUUCUCGGAGCAGAGUCGGUCGGAGCAGUCGGAAAAUGGCGUCCUCGAAAAGCCAACGGUGGAUGGUAGACUCGGGCAUUCUCCGUAAAAAGAAUAGCGACGAGGAACCGCAGGAGCUGUUGGUGUUCGGAUACAGCUGCAAAUUAUUUCGCGAUGAUGACAAGGCGAAAAUGAUUGAUCAGGGAAAGCAUUUGAUACCAUGGAUGGGCGAUAACACGUUGAGGAUAGACAGAUACGAUGGACGAGGGGCACUGGCUGACUUACGGAUUCACGAGCCACCACCGGGUGGUUUCGAUCAACGGACGAUACUUACCGAGGAAGAACUGAAAGUAGAGCAACUCUGUGACGAGGAGCGGUAUCGGUCCCUUUACAACAACGACGCGGAAGAGUCCAUGUAUCAUGAAGAGGAGAUAAAGAGGUUGCAUCAGGCACUGGACUCCGAAUCUUCGUACAAUCAAGUGGGAUAUAAUUACAAUGAAGACGAAAACGGCCAUAAGGCUUCUGGCGAGGAUUCUCAGAGCCCGAAACAAUCGGAGGACUCGCAAGAGGAAGACCAGGCAUUCGUGCCACCUCCCGAACUGGAAAUUCCCGAGGGAAUGACCCUGCCGGAAACGCAGAAACUGAAUGCCAUUAUAAUGAAAACGGCGCUGUUUAUAAGUCAACACGGGAGCCAGUUGGAAAUCUUGAUAAAGACGAAACAGGCAAACAAUCCGCAGUUUGCGUUCCUCUCGAUAGACGAGCCGCUCCAUCAGUAUUACAAAUAUGUCCUCGAAGCUAUCAAGAGUGGAAAAUAUAAUCCCGAAAAGCAGCCUGAGAAGGAAGAAUCUGAAGCUGAGGAAGAGUCUGACGAAGAUGACGAACCGUACCUGCAUCCAAGUCUCGCGUCGUCCCUUACCAAGAUCGAAGCGGCACCUAGUAUACCGAGUAUUCAAUAUAAGCCAUCGGCGGAUUGCGCGUACUCUAUGCUCGUGAACAAGAUCACAGGGAAGCCACCACCGUCCAAGGCACCGCAGGCGUCGGACACAACGGUGCAGUCAGUGCCGUCUACUGGAUAUUACCAGCCGAUACAUCCAGGGUCACAACAUCAGGGUUAUUCUUAUCCUACGCCCAUGCAGUACUCACAUGGUCCAGUUAUAUACGGAUCAAAUGGACAAAUACAAUCACCCUCCCAGCUCGCCAUGCCAAUCAUGCCGAACGAUACAGCCACAACGCAAACCGCAUCGCUCAAGGAGACACCCGCGCCGCUGGUGCCGUACGGGAUACCUGCUCAAAAGCCAUUAAGCAGGCCAUCUUUCAUCGUGCCGCCAGCGGACGUUCAAAUCAUUAUCGACAAGAUGGCGAGUUAUGUGGCGAAGAACGGGCGCGACUUCGAGACGAUUGUCAAGAACAAGGGAGAUCCUAGAUUCAAUUUCUUGGAGUUGUCGCAUCAGUACCACGGCUACUAUGCGCACAAGCUGACGGUGUACGAGGGCGCGAUAAAUCCGAAGGUGUUGACGGAAGAGCAUCUACUGCAGAAGCAAGAACCGCAGGAAGAGAAGCAGAAAAAGCUGGAGGAGCUGCAGAAAAAGCAGCAACGAAUGGAGGAGGUGCAGAAGCGAGUGAAAAUGAUACAAGCGAAGAAGAAGAACGGCGGCGACCCAAAAGUGAAGCAGAGCACGGGAUCCGCGAAACAGAUCACCACCGUAUCGUUCUCCAUCAAAAAGCCGAAAGACGGGGAGAGCACGGUAAUCGAGAAGAGGAACGCUUUACCAUUGGAAGAGAGCGACGAAGAGAUGGAAAGUGACAAGAAGGAUGCCAAUUCCAAGCCCGGCUCGCCUGAAGAUAGCACGGCCGAUCCGAAUUUUUCCGCUGUGGUCAAAGACCCACCGAAAUCGGAGAAGAAACCGAAGAGCGACGACAAGGAGUUGGUGGAUUUGACGGACGACAUUCUCGAGGACUGUCAGAAGGAGAUCAGGCAUAAACAGGCGCAAGAAGACAGGAUCAAGGAUAAAUUGGCAGCGGCCGCGCGGGAUAAAUUACUUUCCAGGGAACGACAGUUGCAACUCGAGAGGAAAAAGAGAGCCGCUAUAUUUCUCAGCCAUAUCCAAACGCCAGCACUUAAGACCGGUUCUACCACGGUGAAUUCGAAUCCUCGAAAGGACGAUUCGGACGAGGUGCACUCCGUGCCGUCGCCGUCCCUCGAGGACAAUAAAGACAGGUCUUCUCAAGAUACGAAGAUGUGCGGUAAUUCCCUGAUGGAUCGGUUGAAGGGCGCGGACCUGAGCGGCAAGAGAUCGCGACAACGCUCGAGAAGUCGGAGCGGAAGUCGCACGGACAGGCACAAACUGCACAAAAAGCACAAGAAAAAGAAAAGUUCUCAUCGAAGCAAUUACGACAGCUCGAGUUCUUCUCGCUCGCACAGACCUAAGAAGAGCAAGAAAUCAUCCUCGCGACACAGAUCCCGCUCGCGCAGUCCCUCGCAUAGACACCGACACAAUUCACGACGGCGAGAAAGCAAUACGAGCCACUCGGACUCCAGCUCACCUUGAUGAUGUCUUGUCGUUUAAUUUAAAUAAGCUAACGUUAAGGAAUGUAUAUACACUUAUGCUACAUAAUAGAUAACGUAUAUUAUAAUCGCGUAUUGUGGCAAUUUGAUAAAACUUUUGUCAUCAAGAAACAUGAAAAAUUUAAUCUUUAA